CUCCAGCAGUGGGAGACACCGCAGCUCUCGCGCUCCUCUGGGCGGACACUUCCAUCAUAACCACCGCCUCUUUCUCCAACUGCAGUGGGACAGAUUUAUGCUUCAGCUUUUUACAUAUGAACACCAGUCCACCCCACAGGACUUCGCCGAGACCGCGUACAAGAAGUGUGAAGAGGGAAUGGGAAGUCCCGUGUUCCCGAGAUGACCGAUGGUUUGGUCAAAGUAAUCCCGUGUUUUUGUCGUCAGAGAGGGAAACUUAAAACAAGUCCUGUUUUUGGAGUCCCCCCACCACCACCUCUCCACUCUCCCCGUAGGAUUUGAUUCAAAGGCGAAAACCAAGAUGGCCGCCGAUUCCGUGCAGGGGGAUGCCAGAGGCCAGCUGGUGGCGGAGCGACUCGGUCUGGGGCACAACCUGGACCUGUCGGACACCAUGGUUCAGCAGAAGCUGGAUGAGAUCAAGGAGCAGAUCCGCCGCGAGAUCCGCAAGGAGCUCAAGAUUAAAGAAGGUGCAGAGAACCUGCGCAAGGUCACCACAGACAAGAAGAGCCUGGCGUAUGUUGACAACAUGCUGAAAAAGUCUAACAAGAAGGUUGAGGAGCUUCACCAGGAGCUUCAGGAGCUUAACGCUCACAUUGUGGUCAAAGACCCAGAAGAACUUCUAGAAUGCCCUUUAACCCCGGAUACUCCUAACAGUGAAGCGAGAAUGUGCACUAGCAGCAGCCGCCUGGCAGCCUUAAAACGGCAGAAUGACAUCGAGCUAAAGGUGAAACAGGGAGCAGAGAACAUGAUUCAGAUGUACUCCAACGGGCCCUCCAAGGAUCGUAAGUUACUAGCAACCGCUCAGCAAAUGCUUCAAGACAGCAAGACGAAAAUUGAGUUCAUCAGAAUGCAGAUCCUCAAGGCCAGCCAGGCCAGCGAGCUGAGCUAUGAUAACAAUGAUGUGAUGGAGAAGCCCAUCAUCAGCCCUUUAGACCUGCGGGUGGAGGAGCUGUGUCACCACGCCAGGAUAGAGUCUGCAGUGGCCGAGGGAGCAAAGAAUGUCAUGAAACUCCUGGGAUCUGGAAAAGUCACAGAAAAGAGAGCACAUUCAGAGGCUCAGGCUCGCUUUACUGAGUCCAGUCAAAAACUUGACCUCUUGCGAUUUUCCUUGGAGCAGCGCCUCAGCGAGCUGCCUAAAAACCACCCUCGUAGCAGCAGCAUCAUAGAAGAGUUGUCUCUGCUGUCCUCACCAGCUCUCAGUCCCAGAUCCAGUAUCAUCUCAACACAAAACCAGUACAGCACCGUAACCAAGCCUGCAGCACUCACAGGGACAUUAGAUGUCAGGCUCAUGGGCUGUCAGGACCUUCUGGAAAAUGUCCCGGGUCGUUCCAAAGCUACAUCCAUCCCACUUCCCGGCUGGAGCCCCAGCGAGACGCGCUCGUCCUUUAUUAGCCGAGCUAACCGAAACCGCGGCGUGAGCUCGCGGAACCUAACAAAGAGCGAGGAGGUCUCCAAUGAAAUCAGUGCAGUGCUGAAGUUGGACAACACAGUCGUUGGCCAAACAAGCUGGAGGCCGAUCAGCAACCAGGCCUGGGACCAGAAGUUUACACUGGAACUGGACCGGUCUCGAGAGCUGGAAAUUGCCGUGUACUGGCGUGACUGGCGUUCACUCUGUGCUGUCAAGUUCCUGCGGCUGGAGGACUUCCUGGACAACCAGCGUCAUGGAAUGUGUCUGUACCUGGAGCCACAGGGGAUGCUGUUUGCUGAGGUAACAUUUUUCAACCCGGUCAUUGAGAGAAGACCAAAGCUGCAGAGACAAAAGAAGAUUUUCUCCAAACAACAAGGUAAAACUUUCCUGCGAGCUCCUCAAAUGAACAUCAACAUCGCCACCUGGGGCCGGCUGGUGAGAAGAGCCAUACCGACGGUCAGCACCAACUCCUUCAGCCCUCAGGCAGCCGAGACCGGACCCAGCAGCCUGCCUGGUUCACCCACACCCAGCGGUGACCCGCUGGUGACCAAGUUGGACUUUGACAAAGAACCUACACCAGGACCCAAACACUACCCAGCACCCGAUGACGACAGAAAACCACUGAUGCAGCAUAAGCUGCAAGACAAGGAGGAAGUACAGUGGUGCUCUUACUCGUCUCUGCAGGAUGCGCUCGCAUCGUUCGACUUCCUCAACAAGAGAAACAGCACCGUGCUGAAGCCAGACAUGGACGGAGUGCUGGAGCAGGAGAUCCAACACCCGGACCUGGAGCUCACCACCAUCCACAAAGACACAGAGAUAAGGGAAGAAGAGCAGUUCCACUUCAGUCUCCAAGACUUCAAAUGUGUAGCCGUCCUUGGACGUGGUCACUUUGGAAAGGUGCUCUUAGCAGAAUCUAAAAGCACGGGGGAGAUGUUUGCCAUCAAAGCUUUGAAGAAAGGAGACAUUGUGGCUCGUGAUGAGGUUGACAGUCUGAUGUGCGAGAAGAGGAUUUUUGAGACGGUCAACAGCGUCCGCCAUCCCUUCCUGGUCAACCUGUUUGCGUGCUUCCAGACGCAGGAGCACGUGUGUUUUGUCAUGGAGUACGCAGCUGGAGGCGACCUGAUGAUGCACAUCCACGCCGACGUCUUCUCAGAGCCCAGGGCCGUAUUUUAUGCAGCCUGCGUUGUGUUGGGAUUACAGUAUUUACACGACCAUAAGAUUGUGUACAGAGAUUUGAAGCUGGAUAACCUGCUCCUGGAUACAGAGGGCUACGUAAAGAUCGCUGACUUCGGGCUUUGCAAAGAAGGGAUGGGUUUCAGGGACCGCACGAGCACAUUUUGUGGCACACCGGAGUUUCUGGCUCCGGAGGUUUUAACUGAAACAUCGUACACCCGCGCCGUAGACUGGUGGGGGCUGGGUGUCCUCAUCUUUGAGAUGCUGGUUGGAGAGUCUCCAUUCCCUGGUGAUGAUGAGGAGGAGGUGUUUGACAGCAUCGUCAAUGAUGAGGUCCGCUACCCACGGUUCCUUUCAACCGAGGCCAUCUCCAUCAUGAGGAGGCUUUUGAGAAGGAACCCAGAGCGCCGCCUGGGAGCAGGAGAAAGGGACGCUGAGGAGGUUAAGAAGCAUCUUUUCUUCAGGAACAUGGAUUGGAACGGGUUAUUGGCCAAGAAGGUGAAGCCACCGUUUGUGCCGACCAUCCAGGGCGCCAACGACGUCAGCAACUUCGACGAUGAAUUUACCUCAGAGGCUCCGAUCUUGACCCCUCCCAGGGAACCCCGAAUGCUGAGCUUAGAGGAGCAGAACAUGUUUUCUGACUUCGAUUACAUCGCUGACUGGUGUUAGUUUCAUCUGAAACCUCCAAACAUACACACUGUGAACUAAACACAGCAGAGACUGUAGCUCACAUCCUUUUUUUUUUUUUUAAGAGAUCCUCCCUGCCCAAAAUGUCAAGGAGAAAGUAAACCUGGCUCACCAGGCCUUCAAAACUCUGUGCCAUUGAGAAAAAAAUCCAGAUGAUGCCUCGCGAGGACUCGAGUUAUUCCUUUUAAUUCACACGAUGAGCUUUUUUCCCCCUUGUGUUUUUUUUUAAAGAAAACAAUGAAAUAGUGCUGGAGUGGAGGUAGAGGGACGUCCUCCUGCACAGACUGCCAUCAUUGUCUGACCACUGCGAAUGUUUUACAUAUGAACUCUUAGAAGACGACACCAUCACAAUCAUUUUAUUCAGUGUCACCGUCUUCGUUUUUGUUUGUUUUUUUUGACCUGUACAGAUCAUAUUCAGUCAUAUAUUUUAUUGUUUUUGUUCCCGUGUAAAGCCCUCACUGUAGCUCUGCAGAGAUCAUGUCUGAAACAAAGUGCUCAGUGUCACUGCUGAACAGACAUCCACAAACAUCUUUACUACUGCUGCUGCUUCUCCACUUGAAAACCAAGUUGAUCCGACACUACAUCUUCCUGUCUUCAUAUGAAACUCAUACUCUGCUGCCCUCUGGUGGCUUUGCAGUGUAACGCCAUCCUGCAGCUCUGGCGUUAGUUUCUCAUUUACUUUUCUCUUUUGUUUUUAAUACCUCAGUGAAAUGAACUUAAACUGACAUACACAGUUAUGGAGCUACGGCAGGGCCUUAAGUUUUUCAGCUCUCCAUAUUUAAAACUACCAACAAGUUCAGGUAUAAGUCAAAUCCACAAGUAAAGUUAAUUCUGCAUGUCUGAAAAGACCAAUAAAUAAUACAAGUCUGGAAAGGUGAGUCCGAUAAGACCAGUAAAUUUAUAAGUCAAUCUUACAAGUACACAACAUUUGUCCCUGAACUGACUGGUAUUUUCAGACUUGUUGAAUUAAUCCACACGUGUAGAGCUGAUUUGUCCCUGAACUUAAAACUUGUCCCUAACCUUGCUCUGUACACAGUAACAGCUACAACAACCAAACUCACCCUUUGUGUCGAAGCAGCUCUUCUGGGAACUCACUGACAGACAUGUUCUGCCGACAACAAAAAGGAGAUGGAACUAGUGAGGAGUCUUUUAUUUGGGAUGGGAGGGGGGCAUUCGUCUAUAUGCCAUUAAAAAGUGCUUCCCACAUUUUUGAUAACAUUUUUUAAGCUGAAGCCAGCUGGCUUCUGGUCAGUUUGCAUGUUAUGACAAAAUGUUUCAGACCUGUUAAUAUGGAUCACUAUUGGGGGGGGUGAAUGUCAUAAACAUACUGUAUGUACACAAUUAAGCUGAAAGCACUAAUUUUAUCAAUAGAUUAAGUAUCUACAUUUCUUAAUUAUGAAAAUAGAUUGUAAAAAGGUUUUUUUUUAUUCUUUGCUUGUGCAUGUUGUCAGAACGGACUUAAACUGUUUGGAUGGUACACAAACUACUCAAUUUACAGCUGUUACCAUUCAUCCCGGUGUAAAAACAAAAUGCAUUUUUGCCAUCACUGUUUGUUGCCUAUCAUGAAUGCACAAAUUAAACAUUUGUAAUAGUG